CUCUGCGGUAUGGCUGCACGGCAACCCCUGAGAGUGCUGUGCCUGGCGGGCUUCCGGCAGAGCGAGCGGGGCUUCCGCGAGAAGACUGGAGCGCUGAGAAAGGCGCUGCGGGGCCGCGCAGAGCUCGUGUGCCUCAGCGGGCCGCACCCGGUCACCGAGGCAGCAGCUCCCGAGGGCGCCGGGCCAGACUCCGGGCUCUGUGUUCCGGAGGAGCAACCUCGAGGCUGGUGGUUUUCAAAACAGGAAGCAGAUGUUUUCUCCGCGCUGGAAGAGCCUACAGCAUGCAGGGGUUUGGAGAAGGCCCUGGAAACUGUGGCACAGGCCUUGGACACGCUGGGACCUUUUGACGGACUCCUUGGCUUCAGCCAGGGGGCUGCACUAGCUGCUUUUGUGUGUGCCCUGGGUCAGGCAGGCGAUUCCCGCUUCCCCUUGCCGCGAUUUAUCAUACUUGUGUCCGGGUUCUGUCCCCGAGGCCUUGGCCUUAAUGAAUCUAUCCCACAGAGCCCCUUGCCACUGCCUUCGCUUCAUGUUUUUGGGGACACUGAUCGAGUCAUCCCUCCUCAGGAGAGUAUGCAGUUGGCUAGCCGAUUCCUUGGAGCUGUCACCCUCACGCACUCUGGAGGUCACUUCAUUCCAGCAGCUUCGACUCAGCGCCAAGCCUACCUCAAAUUCUUGGACCAGUUUGCAGAGUGAAGGAUCAACAAAUGUCUCUGGACUGCUUGCCCUAGCAGCCAAGUUGUCUAAUCCCCUCCUGUCCUUAACCUAGUGCCACUCUUAAUGUGCCUAGUUAAAAGGCAACUGUCAGUUCUCAGGACUCACAUAAACCCUGCCCUUUACUGGAGCAGAGAGGA